AUGGAGUUUAUUCCAGAAAAGAGAGACAAUUUAGUUAGCAGUCUGUAUGACUAUGUUCAGAAGUUAUGUUCAGUAAAAGACUGUUUAUCUGAUUGUUGGUUUGAUUUGAUUGAGAAAACAACGGAAAUAGUUGGAAAAUUUAAAACAUCUAUCAGAGAUCACGAAGACUCAGAAACAACAAAAACUUUGGAAGAUUCAGCAGUAAAAUUAUGGAAUCAUGUAGUUCCUCUGAAAAUCCAAGGCUCAAUAUCUAAUACAUCAAAUGCUAAAUUGAGAAAUAUUUGUUUUAUGAUAUUAAAUGAGUUGAAUACUGGUGUUUAUAGUUCUACAGAUUCUAUGGUGAAAAGACAAAUAAUAAUGGGGAUAAAAACAGCAAGAGCAUGGAUAGAAUGUAAUGAACUGGAAUCAGCAGAAACUGUUCUGAAUAUUUCACAUCAGGAAAUGUGUCAUAUCAUACUGCCAACACAUGCUUUGGAUACAAAAUCCUCAUCAGGACAGUGUUGUGAGAAGCUAUUAUCUAGUAUUAUAGAGAAAUAUAAUAAUACCAGUAAUGAUGAACAUCAUAAUAAUAUAAUGGAGAAACAAAGACUAGAUAUAGAUAAAGAUAUUUUUAAGAUAUUAACUUAUAAAGCUGAAGUGGCCUCAGCUCAGAAAAAGAAUGAAGCCGCCCUGAACUUAGUGUUAACUGCUAAAGAAAUGUUGGCAAAGUUUCCUAAAGAGAAUUCAUACCUAUGUAUGUUGUGCUAUAAUUUUGGAGUAGAAACUUAUCAAAAUGAACAGUUUGAAGAAAGUGUUACAUGGUUAAAAGAAAGUUAUGAAUUAGGAAAAGGCAGACUUGGAAUUGAUCCCAAAAAUCAGGCUAGAACAUUAAGAUUACUAGCUAAUGCCUAUUUAGAAUGGGAUAGUAAAAUAUAUUGUGAUAAGGCAAUGAAUGCUGUAACUCUAGCCAAUACAGAGUACCUACACGCUGCUGGUUUAUAUCUCAAACUUAGAAUAUUACUGAUUACCAAGGAAUCUUCUUCUGCCAUAACUUCAGUAUUAAAUGAAAUCUAUAAACAUCCUGAUACAACUGUAGAUCUAGAUAUUAAUAUCAUAAAUCUUUUAAGAAAACACAAUAGGUAUGAGUUUGAUUAUCCAGUGAAGUUAUUGGAGAAGUAUGAUAAUACACCAAACUUCAGUAAAAUAGCCUCAGUUCAUCUAGAAACAUUAUUAUAUUGUAAACAUCUAUCUCAAGCUAAACAAUUCUCAGAAGAUAUAAUAACAGCUGAUCUACAAACAUUAUUAUAUUGUAAACAUCUAUCUCAGGCUAAACAUUUCUCUGAAGAUAUAAUAACAGGUCAUAAUACAGGAAGAGUUUUGGAGCCUAACAUAAAGAAACAGUUUCAUCAUAUAUUUUGGGAACAAGCUGCUACAGAUUUUGAGGCAGAAAGAUUUGGUGAAGCCUUACAAUGGUACAAUUAUUCCUACAGUCUCUUUUCACCAUCAGAAAGAUGUGAUAGUAACAUGUCUAAAUUACAGAGGAAUAGAGCUUCUUGUUUAAUCAGUUUAAACCAAUUUUCACAGGCAGAAGAAAUAUUAAAUGAAGCUGAAAGAUGUGAUAAAUCUGCAGCUGCAACUUAUUACUUGAUAUAUAAAUUAUCUUUAUCACAAGAUAAACAAGAGAGAGCUAUAUCAAGUUUACAGAAGAUGGUAGACUGUAUAAAGACUGAAGACAUCAAUAGUGAAUCACCUGAUCUCAGUUUAAUAUGUUUGGCAGCUCAGUUGGCAUUAAAAUUAAAUAGUCAUGUAGUUGGUAGUUUAGCUAUAGAAUAUUUUAUUAAUAAUGGUACAGAUGAUGGCCAAAUAUUGAUAGCUAUUAGAUGUCUGUUACGCUUACAGUUAUCAUUAACAGAAACUAAUGAUACACCUGACUGGCUGACUUGUAAGUUAUCAUUAAUAGAAACUAAUGAUGCUCCAGCUGGUAAGAUAUCAUUAAUAAAAACUAAUGAUACACCAGACUGGAAAAUAUAUGAUAAAAUGUAUGAAAUGAUAUUAUUAGGUUAUAAUAAAUUACUAGUUAUACAAAAUAAAUGUGAUGAAGAUAUAAGAGUUGUGGUACAAGAUGAAUCUUUAUGGUUUAUGAAAAUAGCUUGGAAUCUUGGACUGAAAUGCAAAGACAAUGCAGAGAAAACAAAAGACUUUUUCACUCUAUGUUAUCAGUUAUUAUCUUUAUGUGGUAAUGAAAUCAAUAAAAUAAACAGACAGAAGACUUGUAUAUUGAUGGUUUGUUUUUCCUGUUUACAAAUAGCACGUAAUACAUCUGAUAAUCAAACUCAGAAAAAUCUAUUUGAAGAAGUUUUACAUCAUAUUUCAAGUUUUAAGAAACAGGCAUAUAUGGAUGAUCAUAAUUUUACUGAUCAAAGUAUAAAAGAGAAUUCUGAUAUGUUAUUAGUUUUAUGUGAAUUUGAAGCCAGAGUAAAACUAGGCGAUCAGCUGGCUGACAAACUGCUUGAAAAACUCCUGUCAUUGCCUCAACCAGAUUCUAAAACUUUUGAAAUCAUUGCAGCCGUAUCUAUAGAAGCCCCAGCUAAUAAUAAAGAUAUAAGUAUGAAAGCAUUGAAACUAGCAAUUAGAACUCAUUUACAACUACAACAACCAGACUAUACUAGAUGCAGUAAAGAUAUACAUAGUUUAAUACAGAUGUCUAUAGGAGAUGUUACAUGUGAUAAUAUUAUAAAAGAAGAAACUAUGAAUUACUAUAAAGAAACCAUUGAUGUUAUUGAAAAUAGAGCUAAGGAAGAAUAUCCUGAAAUGGAAAUAGUGUGGUUAAUGACUAAAGCUUGGAACUGUGGCAUCCAUUUUUAUAGAUUUGGUAAUUUUGAUGAAGCUGAAAGAUGGUGUGGUGUAGGCUUACAUCUAUUAUCUUUAUUACCUAGUAUGAAAGGAAAUUAUCAGGAUAAGAUGAAUACGGUAUAUGGUGAAAUAUUGUCUAAUAUUGAAAGUAAUAAACCUGCAACUACAUCUUUAGAGGAAUAA